CCGGCAUAAGAAGCAAGUAAAUAUUUAUUCUGGACCUAACCCCAUUCAAAAAGCUAAUAAUCUAAAAAUAUUAGUAAAGGAGUUAUCAGAGUAAACAAUUCUAUAAUUUACACGUGGAAACAUCCAUUGUCGAGCAGGAGUCUCUGCCAGUUUUUUACUUCACCUCCAACCGAAAAUAUGCAAGGCCAGCGGCACUGCUUGGCGCUCUUUUUUUCUGUUUUACAUAAAACAUAGAGAAGUAACGUAUAAAGGUACAUCAAAUUUGAAGACAUUUAGCAGAAACGAAGAUUUCUUUCCAGCGUUGACCUUAGCCUGAUCUUCUGCUGGAUUUUGGUUAUUAAUGCCUACGGUGACUCAACAAAAUUCGACGCAACAUUUUUGACUUCCUAGUCGAGUUCACAGACACACACGCUCUCUGGUGGCGACUACGGUGACAGAGAUCAAUCAGGGAUCAACAAUAUUGUUGGGUGUACAAUUAAGUGUUGUCUGCUCUAAACAAUAUUGUAGGGUGCAUAAGUGCAAUCUGGUUUGAAAAAUAUUGUAGAGUGCAAAAUUAUAGCCUGGUCUGAACAAUAUUUUAAGGUGCCUAAAUGUCGUCUGGUCUGAACAAUAUUACAAAGUACUUAAUUAUGUGUCGUCUGGUCUUAUCAGCACCAACCUAAUGCAAUCCAUAAAACUGACCAAUCAACAACCUAAUGCAGCAUACACCUCACUUACUGACACAAUCAUCAACCUAAAGAAUCGCAGCUGAAGAUGCAGAACGAACCGAAUGACAGUUCUGCACAAGGUGUAUUUUUCCGUAGUGACCAAUUCAGCGAUGCGAGUGGCACAAGUUUUCCCAUUUUAGGAAUUAAUGAAGAUAUAUGGAAAAUAACCCGAAAUAUCAGUGAAGAAAACGAUGAAUAUCAUUCAACUGCACUGAUUUCAAGUAAUUAUCCAAAUCAGGGAACUGAAUUCACGGUCUAUAAUAAUUUUGUUCACAACACAAAAGAUCAACCAUUACUUUUUCCAAUCACUGAACGUCUUUGGACUGAGAAUGGUUUUCCCGACAACACCGCAAAUCCUUUUUCUCAAGAGGCAGCGUCACUGCUGGCGCAGAGUCACCUUCACAGCAGCGCAAGUGUGAUUUCAAGCCCUUGGCAAACUUCUGAUAGAACCGGCGACGAAGGUCCGUUGGGUGUAAUAGCAAGACGCGUCAAUGAAUUCAAUGAUCAGAAUUUGCCGGAAAACGAGUCAAUCACUUCAAAUCUCGUAAAUAAAUUUGGGCCGUCAUGCCUGAUCGACGGUAUCGAAGUCGGGCCUCAUUACCAAAGCUUUAACCACAACGCAGAAAAUUCUUCAGCUCUGUGCAAUGUCAAGCCAGCCCCUACGAUGCCAUUAAACGACUGGGAAAUGAGGCCGCAAGUCAGUCAUAUUCAAAGCAACGAUUUCAGAACAUCUUUUGACGCAGAGAAUGCCAAUUUAUCUAGUCCGAUGCCCAUGUCUAUUGAAGACAGAAAUUUUGUACAAAAUUCUUUCCCGACUUUGACAUAUUUCAUAGAUCCAAGCUGUACUGGUGGAAACAAUACGAAUUAUUCUUCAGGACUCGGGUUUCCAGAUUGCCAAUGCAGCACUAGCAACUUUUCAAAUAUUCCAUCGCAACAGCCACAAAGCGCAAUGAAGCCUGUAAACAACAUUAACUUUACCGUCGCUGACGGCAGUUUUGACGAGUUCGCUAGGACCAUCGUCGAACGCUAUGAGACAGCUGAGUUAGUGGGAGCCCCUCUUGGGAGAGGUGAGACUCAAUCGCAAGAUCAGGUAGACGACGCAAAUUUUAGAACCGACAGUCAAGAUUUAGCAGAAAAUAUUUCGGAGCGGUUGAGAUUUCCAGAUCAGUCUUAUUACGAUUCCAGUUUUCAGGAAAGUGAUAAUGAUCAAAAAGCGGAAUCUUCCAUAUUGCCAACUUUGAUCGACGAAUGUUACCGCCCGCGACAUCAAUUAAAUGAAGUUAUUGUAACGAAAUUGGAAAAAGAAGAUGAAUUAGAUAAGACUACUUACCCCUCACGUAUCAAUCUAGCUUUAAAUGAUGGUAAGAACCACGUGAGUAGCGGAAUUCAGUCGACCACUUCAGACACAGAUUUCUGUAAUCAGAAAUGUGAAAAUCAUACCCAUGCUUUACAAAGAAACCCUGAUGAUGCUCCAACCCCUCGAAAACUUGAUCAGCUUGAACGACCACUUCUGUCAUCUAAUUCAACUAAACCUUUAUCAACAUUAGCCGUCUUCACGACCCUAGAAACAAAAUUCCAAAACGCAGACAUUAUAUCGGCGGCCCAUCUUGAAAGUUGCCCUAAUCCUAGCCUAGAUACAUCAUCGCAAUCUACCGAGUGUCAUGGAAAUUACGGUAGUAAUCAGCGAGCAGUCCCACUCCAUUCACGCAAUAGAGAGGUAGCGAGUUCGACUAAAAGAAGAAGACACAAACGAGAAAAAACCUUCAAAAAGAGAGAGGAGAAUGCGAGGACUGAAACGAAUGAUGGUUGCAGAUUCCCACUACCUGAUCUUCAGAACCAAAAUGAAUUGGUCCAAUCUAUCACUCCAUGCGGGUCACUGCACGCGUCAAGUUCAACAAAACCUCUGGAAGAAACAGGUACAUUUGAAAAACCUUCCAAACAUGAUGCAGCUACAAUAAAUUCAGGAUCCAAUUGUUAUACAUCUUUAAUGAAGACGAGAUCCUCGAAAAAAAUGGGCCCAAAAUUUCGAUCCUCCCAUAAAACGUCAGUUGGUUCUGGAAGCAGCUCGAAAAUUUGCGGUGUCUGUGGUGACGCGGCUAAAAGCAUGCAUUUCGGUGGGAUGGCUUGCGAUUCUUGUAAGGCUUUUUUCCGGCGGUCGGUGCAGGGGAAAUGUUGGGUUGAGUUUCGGUGUCCGAUGAACAAUUCGUGUUCAAUCAGUAAGAAAAAUCGGAAAAACUGUCAGUACUGCAGGUUUUCAAAAUGCAAGCAGAACGGGAUGAAAGUUUCAUGGGUGAUGACGGAAGCAGAAAGAAUGAAUUUGUGGAAGAACCGUCUGUCGAAACACAAAGAAGUGACAACGACUAAUGCAUGCAUAGUAAAUGAGCAGGUAAGGCAGAGCUCUGAAGAUUUGGACAACCCGGCGGCAUAUUUAACGAAUGAAGAGAACACUAGUGUUUGUAGCGGUACCGGUACUACAGAGGUGCAAUGGGAAGCCGUGUGUGAUGGAAAGCGAUUCCCUUUAGAAUAUGAAAGCGCAAACGAUCUAGAAUGCAUGCCAGAUAAUGAAACUGGAAUUGACUCUUUGAAUGUAACCAAAUCGAUCAAUAACGCAAACGAUUUCAGGAACAAGAUCGUUGGGACGAGUAUUACAAAUUUUUCAGCGGAGCAUCCUUUGGGUAAUGAUGACGUCGUCACUAUCAACAACAUCAUCGCCCUUCUAACCUCAAUUUUCCUAAACAAUCCGUACCCACAUUUUUGCGAAGGUGAUUCACUAGAAGCGUUGACUCACAUGUUCGUGAGCGUAUGCAAGAAGAUGGGGUCGUUUUUUCACAGGACUGCUGAUUACCGCAGUUUAUCACCAAAUGACCAAUUUCACUUGCUUCGGACUGGGAUUUCCACUUCAAUUUAUUUACAUGGUGCUUAUAACUUUGAUCAAAAGUCUAUGUCAUGGCCACGAGAAUCUGGCCUAGAGGCUUUAAGGUCCCCCAUGGUGUCAGGCGAAACGGUAUUGCAGCUUGCUAGGAAAUCAGAAACCUUCAUUACUCUCAUUGAAUUCCUCAUGAAAUACAGCAAUGAUCUACAAGACGAAGGAGUGCUCGCCAUCAUGUCGCUCAUUACUUUGUUCCAAAUCAACGACCAGAGUGACCAUGUUAUAGACAAGUUUGGUGUGAUCGAACGUAGAGAAAAAUACCUGCAACUCCUGAGUCGUUACCUUCGUUACCGGCAAGGUGAGCACGGUUCCUUGGUGACUCUCCCUAAACUAGUAGUCUGUUUAAAUGAUCUACUCAAAAUCGCAAAAAACCAUUCGAACAUCGACAUCCAACCGAACAUCCAUAUUCGAAAUGCCAUCGCUGUGAGUAAAUCAUCGGUCUCAUACGCGCGUUUCAUGGACUCGAUCAUGUCUCUUAUGGCCAAUUUAGCCGUGGAACCUUUCCCGACUCAUUCGACGAUCCAGCCUUCUGGAGACAAUUCGGCGUCUCAAGAGAACAAAGGGAAAAAUGUUUCAACAAAGUUCUAUCAUCCAAUUACCGAUGCAAUCUUCGGUCAAGAAAUUUGUACCAAUAGGCUCAUUAAUUACUCCAUGGACAGCAUCAGUAUGCCUCGCGAAUCGCCUCUGACGAUUCAUAGAGUCCCUCAGUUUGAACUAGACGUGAGCAGCAAGUUUGCGCUCGUGAAGAAGAUUCUUGACAUGAAACGAGCCACGACCGAAGCUAACAUUGAUGCCCCAAGUGCAGUUGUUGCGGUGCCAAGCUCUUUGAAUUUAAGCGAUGGUUGUGUGGCAAAACCUCUCCUUGAGGAUGCAAAUUCAAUCAAAAAACGCGGCAUUGAAGUUCUGUGUGACGUUCUCGUGUACGUUUCUAGGAGCAAAGACCCAGAAGCCAUCAGGGCGUUGCAGAAAUGCCUACCUCCGCGUGUCCUCGAAAAUUUAGCUAAGAAAUUGAACGUUAAUAAUGGAGAAAAUAAUUAGUCAUUUAUAGAAUGAAAAAUAUCAUCCAAAUUGAUAUUUAAUUACAAGGGAAAUUUUGCAACUUUGAUUUUGCAGCAUCCCCAAAGAACUUUAUACAUUACUUCGGAACCUUGACAGGGCCAAGGCAAAUCUUGCGCCGUUAGAUAAAAUUUUCAGAGAGAGUUGAAAUGAUUUUAAACGAAAUUAAUUUUAGCUGGAAAAUAUGAAUACACGCAUUUUGCACUGAACCUGUUUCUAUAACGAGCUCUCUUCUGAGCAUACAAGUAAGUUAUUCACCUUAUUCUUGAAAUGUUAAACAACCAGUGCGCUUCGUGUUUACAUAGUCGUCUUCUGCAUCACAAAUGACCUGAGAAUAAGAACGAUUUAUGAGAAAGUGAAAUAGGAUUUGGUUAGCCAUCGAAAUAAUAUCCACCAAAGAUUUCCAAGACUCAACAUUAAGAUGGUAGUGUUUCACCAGCGGGAUGAGUUACGGUUAAGAUGGUGGAGUUUCACCGGCGAGGUAAGCUACGAUCAAGAUUGCAGAGCUACACUAUAUAGCGAGGUGCGUUAUAUUUAAUACUGUAGUAUUUUAGUACUGAUAAUGCUGCAAUUAACAUUGUAGAGUUUUAUCAUUCAGAUGAGCUACAAUCAGGAUUGUAGAACUUCAAGAGCGGACAAUUAAUAUUGCAGCGAGGUGAGCUACAUUGAAAACAGUAGAGCUUCCCAGCUGGUGGAGCUAAAAUUAAGAAUGUAGUUCUAUAGAGUGGGUUUCGUUUGUCAUCAAAUAGCCGUUGUUGAACGUGAACUUUGUCUUAGUCGAAAGUUCAGUGUGAGCCAAGAGAAAAAAUGCUUGAUGAUGACGAAACUAUGCUUCGUGAGUUACUUUCCUGGUAUUAAUUAUUGUUAUCAUGAACCUGGAAAAAGUUCAUAAUAUAUAUAAGCGAUUAUUGGCUUAGCUUUAUCCAUGUAAGUAGUGGUCUUCACCUAAUCAAUCGGCCAGUAAAUGACGCGGGCGCAACGUGCGUCAAGUACCAGCUAGGGAUCGGUGCGUUUUUCUUGGGGAAUCGUGCAAUUUUUAAUUAAUUUUAUUCGGCGCAUGCAUCGAUGACGGCACAUAACUCUCGAUCUCCGCCACGCCUACGUCGUGGAGGGAUCCUGAUUCCUAGCUUGUGCUGUUGGUCGUCUUCGUGGUGGACAUCGUUGGUCAGUCCAAACGUCAAAGCUAUACCGUCAAAACCUUGGGCGCCGGAAUGUGGAUUACUGCCCCGCAAGAAUCGAGAAACUUCAACACCCGCGGCCCUCUACUCUUUCAUUUGACAGCCUGCUUCUUUAGAGAACUCUUUCCGUUUUUUCUCAUCUGAUGUUCCUUCUAGUUGUUCAGGGACUCCACUCCUGCUGCUCUGCUCUUGUGCCCGCGUGGCUACUUACCGAGGAUACUCUUUCCUGUGCUCCUGAUUAAGGGUUUAGAAUUUAGAUCCACAAGAGGACUGACUAUAGGCGUGCGUUCCAUCUCAACUCAGCAAGCUGAUUCUGUCCCUUAUGUAGCCAGGCUCAUGUUGCCACGAGAAAAAUCAUAAUUCAAUAUUACAUUUUUGCCUCUACCUCCGGUAUCCUAAACGACGAUUCUUGAGCUGCAUUCUCUCCCAUGGACCGGCCGUCAGCCUAGCCAUCAUCAGCACGCAUCUUUUCCUGUGCAAAGCCCAAGUCCUCCAUGUCACCCUGUGAACUCCGAAUAAAUCCGCAUCUCCCCAUUCUGAUCCACCUGCCGGUUUCUCACUCAAUAAUUGACAAUACGUAUGUCAAAGAUACAUAGUCAUUUUAGUAGCUACUGAAGCUGCAGCAAAAAUCGUACCGAAAAAAUUUCUUCGUGAAUUUUGUGUUAUUCGGUGUUAUACGGUGUCAGUGUUAUGUUAAUAUAUAUGUUUAUAUAAAAAGAGCUCAGGUCAACCAGCAGAACCGAAUUGAGUUUUCAUAAAAUUUAAGUCAUUUUUUUAGAAAAGCAAAUCUCAUUACGCUUGUUGCGCGCUAAAAAUCUCUUUUACGCUAAUUCAAAAUACAAAUAUUGGAGUGAUUUUGUGCCAUGAUUUCACGAUAAAGGAACAGUUCCCCCACAA